GCUUGCUUUGACCACGCCCCACCUGCCUGCUUCCAUUCUUGCAGCCAUGGAGGCGCCUGGUCCAAGCGAGGAAGAGGGGGUCCCGGCUGCGGAGGGUGCGGGGGGCUCUGGGAGGGGUCUACGCUGUGGGUCGGAGCCGGUGCUGCUCCUGUGCACCUUCGCCCUGGGCCUGCAGGAGCCCCUGGCCACCCAGUUCCUCUGGCACAGCCUCGGGGGAGGGGAGGGGGGCCGGAAUGGGACCCCCACCCAAGGAGGGACAGCCGGGUGCACCAACCAGAGCCAAGGGAGGGGCGCCCAGGAGCAGGCGCUGGAGACCUUGGUGGCCCACUGGAACCUCUACCUGAGCCUCUCGGGCUUCCUGGUGGGCCUCUUUGCGGUGACCCUCUUGGGACCCUGGAGUGACUCCGUCGGCCGCCGGCCAGCCCUGGUCCUCCCGGCGCUGGGCAUGACCCUCCAGGCGGGCAUCUACCUGGCGGUCAUGUAUGGCCAGUGGCCGGUGGGCUACCUCUUAGUGGGCCGCAUCAUGGCUGGCCUCUCUGGAGACUACAACCUGAUCUUGGCCGGGAGCUUCGCCUACACCGCUGACGUCACCACCGCCUCGACGCGGACGUUCCGGGUGGCCGUCUUGGAGGCCUGCUUGGGCUUGGCCGGGAUGGCGGCCGGUUUGGCCGGUGGCCCGUGGCUCCGAGCUCAAGGCUACGUGGCCCCCUUUUGGAUGGUCUUCGGCACGAGCUUGGCUGCCGCAGCCUACGCCGGCUUCAUCCUCCAGGAAUCCGUCGCCCACCCCCAACCUGCCAAGCUUCUCACCACCCGCCAUUACAGGGCUGUCGCCCGCCUCUACGUAGGCCCUGCCUGGAAGAAGCUCGUCCUCUUCACCCUGUCCUUCUUCUUCGUGGUCACUGUCCAUUUUGGCACCAGGGGCCUCUUGGUGCUCUUCGAACUCGGCUCCCCGCUCUGUUGGGGCCCGGAGAUGGUCGGCCUCGGCUCGGCCGCCUCCUACCUGACCUUCCUGAGCAGCUUGGCGGCACUGCGGCUGCUCCAGAAAUGGAUGCCGGAGGCCUGGGUAGCCGAACUGGGGCUCCUGUCCAACAUCUCGGGUCUAGUGGUCCUCUCCGUGGCAACGACAACAGCACUCAUGUUCACAGGUUACGGCCUCCUCUUCCUCUCCAUGACGGUCACUCCCAUCCUCCGGGCAAAGCUGUCCAGGCUUGUGGACGAAACGGAGCAAGGGGCGCUCUUCUCGGCCGUGGCCUGCGUGGAAGGCCUCUGCUCCGUGGGGGCCUCGGGGACCUUCACCUCCCUCUACCCGGCCACCCUCCCCUUCAUGAAAGGCUUCCCCUUCCUCUUCGGCGCCGUCCUCCUCCUCCUCCCGGCGGCCAUCAUCGGCUGGGUACAAAUCCAGGACUCGAAGCCCGAAUAUCGGCAUUUUAACGACGUGCCCGAACCCACUGAAUCGGCGCCGUCGUAGCCUGAAAUGAGUCCGAAUCACCUCGACAAGGUAGCCAUCUGUGGCCUGACGGGUCUUAUCUGUAAACACUGAGGACUAGAAGCAGACGGGACGCAGUUUGGUUUGCAAACGUGGCAAUAAAACCCCCAACGUGGGUGCAACACCCUUUUUUUCCACACGCCGUGGCGAUAACCUUAUCUCUCGAUCCCUGGUUCGAUGAGGCCGUGGGGCCCCGCGUUUCCCCCUUUCUCCCUCCUUGAAGAUGGGCCUCUGUCUCUCCGCAUUCUCUUCCCCCUUUUGUCCCGGAAAGAGAUAAUCCGUCCCUUAUCUGCCUUUGCCGAGAGAGCAAGGAUCGUAAAGAGGAUUAAUAUACUUUUGUUCUUGGACUUUGCUGCUUCCUUGAAGGACGAGAGGACUUUGGAGCAUGGGCAGAGUGCCUUUCCCCCCCUCUGAGCCUUGAAACGACCUCAUGUUUAGGUCUACAAGGGCCUUUAAGUCUUGAGUAUAUUAAUAAUAACAAAGCGGAACUAGCCUCGUCCACCGCGUGCCACUUAGUAAACCCAUACAUAAAUCCCCGAGAAGAGAAGCCAAGUAGAGAAGUAAAUAGAUAUAUAGGAUGUGUAUGUAUUUUUAAUCCAAGAUGGAUCCUACAAAGGCAUCAUGUCCCUCCGUUAUGUACUAAACUGAGUAAAUAAAGCUCCUGCCCAGGCACUAAA